AAGAUCAUCCUAUUCCACACUCGGUAUGAUUAUGAAUUAUGAUUAUAAAAAGAAAACUUAUACCCCAAUUUUCCUCUGAUUAAAUUCUUACUUGAAAGAAUAGAAAUUUAAUUCCCCAGCUGAUUCAUCGUCUCACAAAAAUCCUAGUUUUCGAUUUUUCCCAAGUCAGCGUUCUUAGUCAACCUCUGCUCAAAGGUUUAAGGAAAGUUUGCUUGUGGAGCCAAUUGAGUUGUUCUGUGGAGGUGGAAGCUUUGCUGGGGUAAAAAUAAAAUUACAGUGACAGAGAUCAUCAUGGGUUCUGUUUGUUGUUGUUUCGGCGUCUCCGAUGAUGAAUCCUCGGAAUCUGCUAGUAGUUUCUGCUGUUUGAAUUUUCGAUUCGAAGAUUUUCUGCUUAAGUAUGAGGCUUUAUUUGGUGGUGAGGAAACCCAAGAUUUCGACUUAGCAGAUUCCGAGGACAUGACAAUAUCACAAAACAAUGGCGACUCAAGAUCUCCUCCAGCACACCAAGAAAUUGGAACCUGGAAAUUGGAGAAAGGCUCGAGCCAUUCACACAUGCGAAAUGCUGAUCUCAAACUGCUUCGAGAACUCAUGAAACUUGAAAACAAACUCGAAGGUGACGAAAAAAAGGACUAUAUUGCCCCUAACAAACACUUGUUUUGGGAUGUUGAAACCAAGUAUCAUUGCCCUUUGCAAGAAGAUGAGGAUGUCUGCCCAACUUGCCUCGAAGAGUAUACUAUUGAAAACCCCAAAAUUAUCACAAAGUGUUCUCACCAUUACCACCUGAGCUGCAUAUAUGAGUGGCAGGAAAGGAGUGAAACAUGUCCCUUUUGUGGUGCGGUGAUGGAAUUUGAGGAGACAAGUUGAUUUCAAGGAAUGCUGAAUUGAAGAACAAUUAAUUUGAAUAUAUGCCCAAAUGCUCUUUAUUUAUUUACAAGUUUUUUUUUCCUUUUAACUUUAUGCAAGAAUUUCUCAUGGUGGGAGAAAAAUGUAAAUGAGUUUUAACAAACCUGCAUUGGGGAAUUAGGUUUGAACCUGCCACAAAUUACAAUCCCAAAAUAAAACUCUUGUGUCAAU